AUGUCAGAUGGUGGGAACCGAAAUGGAAAGGAUGCGUCACCAGUGCAGAAGUGGCAUAAAGCUGAAGUGGAUGUACCCCGUGCAACUGACGGGGUACAACGCGUAAUACCUUUUCGUGCUGCGACUCAAUUGCGUGAUGGCGGCGUUGCGUUGCGCACGUCGAGUGGUCUGUUGCCCUCUGCUGGUAUGGUUGGUGGCGUGGUGCCUCUGGAUCGUGUAGCGGAUGUUGGCGGACGGUUAGAUGAACAAAAGAAGGCCCUGCUGGAUGAGAGGCCGAAUUCCGUCGGGGCCAGCGAUGAAAAGGUGUACAGCGGCUUUGAUCUGCCUGGUCGCUUGUUUGGUCGCCGUGAUCGUGCUGUGGGUGGAGGCCAAGAUGGCGUGCCGGUGCGAAAAGCAGCGGCGGGUGGCGCGGGUGUGGUGCCACAUUACCGUGACGCGAUGAAGCCGAUGGCAGACGCUGCUGAGGGCGUUGCUGCUGACGCUGGUGGGGCGACGGCUUCCGGUGAAGGCCGCGCUGGCAAGGCAGUGGAGGAAAGCGAAUUUAUCUCGGAUGUUAUGUUCAUGUGGAUGGGGGUGGAGAGAACAAAGUUCUUCGUGUACGACGGGGUGUCGCAGCGCUAUGUCAUGAACGCGGAGUGCGGCACAGUGCGGCAGCGGCAGGCCGCGGCAUCCCUGCAGGAAUGUGGCUGGCUUGCACGGCAAAUUGAUGAUGUGCUCCGGGGCGGUACGGCGGAGCGUUCAUUUCUCCAGCAAGGCCUUCGGAGCGCUGUGCGUAGACAGCUCUCGCAGUACCAUUAUCUGGUGGCCUCGUUCCGCGAACGCCGCUCGCCGCCGAUGGUGUUCAGUGAUUUGGUCGUUGCGUUCAAGCGUGUGCAGCCAAAGCUGCGUGUACUUUACACAAUUCUCCGUGAGACAGAGUCCGUUAAGGGCGGUGAACUCGCUUCGAAGUUGCAGCAGCUGGUGCAACAAGGGUCCAGUAGGAUUUCUGCGUUGUUGUCUGAUGUGUACAUGGAAGCGGUGAGCCCGCUGCUCCACAUGACGGUGUCAAGCAUCACCAAGGGUGACGUUUCCGAUCCCUUUAACGAGUUCUUCGUGAAGUGUAACCCCCGGAUUGACGACACGUCAGACGCGUUCUGGUCGUCCAGGUUUGAUCUUCUGCCAGAGAUGCUGCCGACUACAGUUCCGCGUUCUUUGGCAGAGCAGAUCAUGCUGGUGACGAAGAAUGUUAGCUUCAUUAGAAACUGCUGCAGAUGCAAGCAGUGGCACAUGGACCCCGCCAUCGUGACUGCAGCACAGAGCGCCUCAUUUGACACUAUAGGCGCUGUCGUUCGUGACGCAAUGCGGUUCACCAAUACGGCGGUGCUUCGGCUUAUUCGCGAGGAGUUCCACCUCGAUAGUGUUCUGCGCAUGGUCAACGCCUUUUUGCUAGUUGGAAACGGCGAUUUCUACGAGCUCCUCAUCAGCAGGCUGGACCCCGUGCUGAGUAGGCUAAGUCACAUGGUACAAACCUCCAUUGUCCGCGACCAUAUGCAGGGUGCGUUGCUUGACAUUGUGCCCUACACAAAACACCUCGACACCGACCUCUUUACGAUGCUGCACUGCGAGUUGGUGAAGGACGAUAGAAUCAUCGGAUGGGAUGCCUUUGUUGUGACAAUGGCAGUACCUUCACCACUUAACAACAUCUUUGAUGUCACUGCCAUGAAGGUCUACCGGCGUCUCUUUCGCAUCAUGUUCAAGGUCAAGCGCGCUGAAGUUGCGCUGAAGAAGUCGUGGCGCCAGAGUGUCGUUCUGGACCGCAUCAUUGGACGACUCCAUAACACGAACCGAGAAGCCACUGCGUGGCGAGAAGUUGCCGCGGAUGCCCACCACCUUGGUCUGCAGCUGAAUCACUUUGUUAACAAUCUUUGGUCUUAUCUCGUGGCGGAGGUUUCCACCGUGUCGUGGGAUAUGCUGAUGCGAGCACUUCGGCAGUGUACCUCUCUGGACGAUAUUCGCGCCGCACACAUUGCGUACCUGCAGUACUUGACGCUCCACUCGCUCCUCCACGGUGACUGCGCUUCUAUGCGGCAGAACAUAGAGAGUGUUCUCAGUAUCGUUCGUCAGUUUGUAGGCGCCCAGGCGCUACUCACGUCGCUGCUCGAGCGUGGGCAUGGAGAUGUGUUCUCCAUCAAGAGUGAGUACCAGCGCUUAGCAGACGACUUUCAGCGGGAGAUUUCCUCUCUUCUCACCACACUGGAGGAGCAGCAUCUGCAGUUUGAUUUCCUAAACUUUCUCCUUCUACGGCUUAACUUCAAUCACUUUUAUCAUGAUGCCGCGUUUGGUACCAAUACGGAAUUCUAG